AUGGCUAGAGAUCCAAAAUCAGCAAUCCAGAUUUUUCUUGGGCGUCUCAAUGACAGGAGACAAUGUCAAACCAGAGUUAACUGGCCGCUGGGGGCUGAUUCUGAGACAAGCGAGAUACAGACUCGUUCCAGGGUGGAUACCUCUCGCUACACGGAUGGUCAUAGCAGAAAACCCCGGCGAGUGAGCGAUGACUCCCUGGAAGGGCUUGAGGUUUCCUCUGGGGAAAGCAAGGAUAAUGGGAACUACAGGGUUGCCUGGGCUCUCCGCCAGCUAGUGCAGCAAUUCGACGCUUUCAACAAGCCCGGUGCCGAAGACCACGGUACCUCAGUUUGCAUAUCAUCGAUCAUGAUUCUCACGGCGCUCAAAAGUGGGCUUGGAAACUUCCGUGGCUAG